AUGGCCGGAGUUGGCGAAAUAACGGCGGCAACUGAAGUAGGUUCUCAUGGUGGAGGUUCAGGAUGUUCUCUAGGAUCUUGCACCAUGAAGCUUAAUGCAACUACAGAGAUGAUGCAUGUGACAUGGGCAACCUUUGCAGAUAUGCAUCCUUUUGCUCCUACCCAACAGGUACAGGGGUAUCAGGUCGUGUAUCCAACAUUAACAAACUAUGAUAUUUGAUAUUACAUUUAUGAGUUUCUGAAGGAAUUGGAUUAUCGUCACUCACAAGGAAUCAUGCAUAGAGAUGUUUAUACUCAUACUGUGAUGAUUGAUCAUGAAUUGAGAAAACUCAUAUUGAUUUGCAUGUUUGCAGGAAUGGUAUAUUUUUUAGAAAUGUGGAGACUCGGUUGCAUGUUUGCAGGAAUGAUAUUUCGCAAGGAACCUUUCUUUUAUGGGCAGGACAAUCAGGAUCAGCUUGUGAAAAUUGCUGGGACUGAUGAAAUAAAAGCAUAUUUGAACAAAUAUCAGUUAGAACUUGAACCUCGGCUUAAAGCUCUUAUUAGAAGAGGUGACAAUGCUAAGCUUCAUCUUGCAGCUUGCCUCAUGGAAGUCGUUGGAGAGUUUCAAUUACAAUAA